AUGGCUGAAUCAACAAGAAUCCGCACACUAGAGGCGAAAUGCUUCUGCGGUGGCAUACACUUUGCCCUCGACAUCCCAGUCGCAGACCUUCCCCUCAAGGCCUAUCUGUGCCAUUGUAGCAUAUGCCGCUAUAAUACGGGAACUCUGGCAAACAUGCACGCCAAUCUCGCUCAAGGUAUCGAGCCAAAUUGGAUUGCGCCGUCAAGCAGUAAAGGUCUGACGUCGUACCUGAUACCCGGUGUCGGCUACACCCCAAAGUCGUGCUCGACGUGCGGCUGCCAUGUCGGCGCUGUUGGAAAUGAUGAUGGGACAUGGACGCUGGCGACGGCAAUCCUCAAAGAACAUGGUCACGAUAUUGUCAAAAUUGUCUCGCAUGUCUUCAACAAGUCUGCCGGAGACUGUGGACUGGCAGGUAUCCUUACACACAUCCAAGGCAAAGCUUUGGGAACCUGGAACCCCGAAGAUGACCAAGCCAACGCAGCGGCCCCCAAACCCAAGCUUGAAGUCGGCUCCGACGGACAAGAGAGACUUCGGGCUCAGUGCCAUUGUGGCGGUGUGUCCUUUACCAUCCCUCGGCCAUCCAAGGAGAUUGCAGAGCACAACUAUGCGAAGCGCUUUGUGUCGCCGCUCGACCCGACCAAAUGGUACGGCACACUCGACAUCUGCGACGACUGUAGGCUUAUCAACGGAACGCCUGUGGCAUCGUGGAUUUUUGUGCCCAUCAAUGCCAUCGAGCCUGCCAUGGGCGAGCAUCUCAUGCUCGGCACCAUCAAAACGUACGCUUCCUCAGAAGGGGUGACGCGCGCUUUUUGCUCCGUCUGCAGCGCGACAGUUUUCUUUCUGCAGCACAGCCGCCGGUAUGGUCACGUACCGGUGGUUGACAUAUCGACAGGAUUACUGAGAGCGCCGGACGGAGCCAUGACGGAGUGCUGGAUCACUUGGCGGACGCGAUUGUCCUUUGAGAGCGAUGGUCUUGCUUUUGACAAGGACAUGACUGAAGGCGUAGUAGAGGGCAUGAGAAAAUGGACAAUGGAAAGAAAUGGUGGAGAAAUCUUGGCAGACGAGAUUUGA